UGUAGUACUUGAACGCAGCACAGUAACAGUCCUCUUUCGUACGAGUAGAAAACCGUCGGUUCAAGAGCAGCAGCAACAAUAACAACAGAAGAACUCUGACUGGUUGUUAUUUUUAAUUAACCCGUGGAUUAUGUAAAACUACUACAUUUACCGGCGCUGCUGUUGUUUGUUAGUAUGACGAACAAAACACACCCGAAGUUUUGGAAAAGGCUCAGAUCCCACACCACGUCGACUCGUCUGUCGUGGCGCCUUCAGGAGCCUCUGUCGGGGCACAAAGGAACCGAGCGAGACCCCGAAUAUCAGGCUUUCUUACGAAAUGGACACAGACGUCUGCCCUGCGGAUAAGUCCACCUCUGCCCCCUCAGACACCCGGUGGUCUGACUCUGUCCCGGCUGAUGAAGCCUCUGGGGUUGAGGUCAUCAGACGGACUGUGGCAGCUCGGCCGGGUUCAGAGGUGGAGGAUCUGGAUGCCUACAACCCGAUUGAGCCUCCUCCGUUAGACUGGAGGUCUGACUCCUCCAGCGAGACGGGCUCCGCGGAUGACCUGGACGAGCCCAGCUUCCCUCCUACUGCUGACAGCUCGGACAAGGCCAGUCCAGGGGAGCAGGUGUUACUACCUUUGGACGUGAGUGACACAGUGGCUCAACUCAACUUAAACCAGCAGGAACUGGUGCAAAAUAAUUCAGAGCCAGUCCAGAUUUCUGAGGUGGAAGUAGAUGCAGCAGUUGAUGAGGAAGAAGGGUCGAGGGUGGAGGACUUGGAGGCUGAGGAUGAGGUUGAGGUUGAGGAAGACCAGGAGGGGGUAACAUUAGGGAAUGUAGAAAAUGUAGUCACGGAAGAGGAAAUUGCAGACAGAAGAUCAGCUGAUGAAGACCACAGCAGCAUUCACACCCUGCUCAGCCAGCUCCAGCUGAUGGGUGAAGAGGAGCCUCGUCCCGAUCAUCGGACACCACCUCACCGUCACUACUCUAGUCUGUCUGAGCUGGAGGCCCGUGCUCCUUCGCCAAUUACAGAUGACAGCGCUGAAACCACUGGGUUGCUGUUCUCUGAGAGCCACCAGAGAGACCUGCUGGGGCUGCUGCACUGCACAGAGAUCAGUGCUACACCGCGUCCCACUCGUUUGCCUCACGGAGGGGAUGUGGACGCCGUAGUGUCCGUUUCCUACAGUCAGGAGGACGCGCAGAGGUUCUGGGGCAAAGGCGGAAAUGGUCAACAUCGGCGGCACAGGGAGGAAUCCAUCUCCUCCCUGCCUGACGAAGAGUAUCCUGAACCAGUGUGGAUGAAGCUUGGCGAGGAGCCUCCAGAUGAAGACGCUGCUGCAGAAAGUGAGCAGAGUGCUGAUGAUCAUCCUGCAUAUAAAGAUGUGCCGGGUCCUUGUGACCCUGAGGACCUGUUGGAUGGGGUGAUAUUUGGAGCCAAGUAUCUGGGCUCCACUCAGAUCAAAUCAGAGAAGAACCCGUCUACGAACUCUCGUAUGACUCAGGCUCAGGAGGCCGUGGACCGAAUAAAGGCUCCAGAGGGCGAGACCCAGCCAAUGACUGAAGUGGAUUUGUUUAUCUCCACGCAGCGAAUCAAAGUGCUCAGUGCUGACACACAGGAAGCGAUGAUGGAUCACGCUCUGCAGAUGAUCUCCUACAUUGCCGACAUUGGUGCCAUCGUCGUCCUCAUGGCACGGAGGAAACGUAAAGGGCAGGACGGUGACGGGUCCUCCAACUCUCCCUCUCCAUCCUCCUCCUCGGGGCCUCAGAAGAAGUGCUUAAUGAUCUGCCACGUCUUCUCCUCCGAGGAUGCUCAGACCAUUGCCCAAGCUAUUGGGCAGGCGUUCGGAGUGGCCUAUCAACAGUUCCUGCAGGCCAACGGGAUCAAAGCCAGUGACCUGAGACCCGGCGAAUACAGUGACUACCUGGAAAGUCAGGAGCUCUACAAUGGCGACCUGGCCCACUUCUCCGACUCUCAGAACCUCAGAGAUGUAGUCAUCACAAAGCCUCCUGGAGAGAUCUUAGGGCUGGCGGUGGUGGAGUCGGGUUGGGGCUCCAUCCUCCCCACUGUGGUGGUGGCCAACCUCCUUCACGGAGGUCCGGCUGAGCGCUGCGGCGAACUCAGCAUCGGCGACCGCAUCAUGUCGGUCAACAGCACCAGCAUGGUGGGUCUGCCCAUUACCACCUGCCAGAACAUCAUCCGGGACCUGAAAAGCCAAAAGUAUGUGAAGCUCAGCAUCGUCCACUGCCCUCCGGUCACCAUAGCGAUUAUCAAGAGACCAGAUCCCAAGUUUCAGCUGGGCUUCAGUGUGGAGGAUGGCAUCAUCUGCAGUCUGAUGCGGGGCGGUAUAGCAGAGAGAGGAGGCAUACGUGUCGGGCACCGCAUCAUUGAAAUAAACGGGCAAAGUGUUGUCGCCACACCACACGACAAGAUCAUCCAGAUCCUAACGAAUGCAAUAGGAGAGAUUCACUUGAAGACAAUGCCAGCCUCAACAUAUCGGCUCUUGACAGGACAGGAGCAACCAGUGUUCCUUUGAGCACGUCCUGCAAAGACAAAAAAAAAAAUCUGCACAGUG